AUGUUAGAAAUGAAUGAAAAUCCGAGUUUCGAAAAUGUAAAGGAACUCGAGAGUCUAUCGAUAAAAGUGAUUGCGGACAAUGAAACAGAUCCAUUGUCUUCUUCGGCAACUGACUUCGGAACCAUUACAAAUGAAAUACAAAGGGCAAUAAUUGGUCAUAAAGAAGAAUUGGAUAUUUCAGAAUUUUGUUGUGCUGCACACGGAUUUUCUAUUCUUCUGGCAAGAACUCUCGAUGGGGAAUCUCACACGAUAUUAUUUGAUGCCGGACCAUAUGGAAAAAUUUUUACGGAAAAUGCAAGAAAAUUGGAUAUUGAUUAUGAAGAAAUUGAGGCCGUGGUAUACCAUUCUGGCGGGCUGACAUCUGCUACAUCCGAAAUAGCUAGAUCACGCCUUCAAUCAAAUUUAUCACCUCCCUUGUUAGAUUUGCCCUCAUCAAGGCCAUCUCGUCGCGGUAUAAGAAGUCAUUCAUCCAAUGACCACAUAAUGGUAAUGAAUAAUCCUACGCUCGAUGAGCUUGAAAGUGCUGGUGGACAGGUUCUUAGUUCUUCGAUUCCACAUACCAUCUGUUCGAAUUUUUACUUUAUCAGCGGAGAAAUUCCACGCCAUACGUCCUAUGAACUAGGCAUGAAAAAUCACUUGUCUUAUGACGAAGCAUCGAAACAGUGGAACGAAGAUCCAUGGAUAUGGGAUGAAAGAUUUCUAGUUGCGAGAGUUAAGGGGAAGGGAUUGGUGGUGAUCACUGGAUGCGGACACGCGGGAAUUGUGAAUACUUUGUUGCAUGCUCAACAACCUGUCAAGAACAAAGAGGAGAAUUGUGAAAUGGAAGGAAAUGUUAAGUAUCCAAUUUACCUAGCGCUUGGUGGAUUUCACUUGGCUGGCAGAGAUUUUGAACCGAGAAUUCAAGAAACUGUGAGAGAUCUUAAAUCUUUGAUCAAUCCAGCCUAUCUGAUACCGGCUCAUUGUAGUGGUUGGAGAUUUAAAGCUGCUUUGGAGCAUCAGGUGAUUGGCGAAGAGAAAGCAGAGAUUGAAGGCAAUAAAAAAAUUGACGUAAAUAACACGAUCUCUAAUAAUAAUGGCAACGGUGCAUUCGCGGGAAGAGUUAUUGCCUCGGGCGUUGGAAAGAUUUUUAAUAUUACUGGAGUUGGAAAAGUAUUUUGA